AUGGCGAACCUCUAUUUUGCGCACUCGAGCGCGCCUCUCCGGACUAUCGAGGAGAUUCAGUUCGGCCUCAUGUCGCCCGAGGAGAUCAAGGCGAUGAGCGUCUGCCACAUCAUCUACCCCGAGACAAUGGACGAGACGAGAACGAAACCGCGCGAUGGCGGUCUCAACGAUCCGCUUCUCGGUUCUGUUGACCGCCAGUUCAAAUGCAAGACUUGCACAGAGAACAUGUCGGAGUGCCCUGGCCAUUUCGGGCACAUUGAGCUGGCCCGGCCCGUCUACCACCCGGGUUACAUUAAGCGCGUCAAGAAGAUCCUUGAGGUCGUCUGCCAUAACUGUAGCAAGGUGUUGUCAGACAGGAAUGACGCGCAAUUUGUAAAUGCUAUGAAGGUUCGGGACCCCAAGGUCCGAUUUCAGCGCGUUUGGGAAAUCUGCAAGAAGAAGAAGCUAUGCGAGAAUGAGGUACGAAAGGGCGAAGAGGACUCGUUUGCGCCGCCUCCUGCCGAGGACACCCCUAUCAACUCCCACGGUGGCUGCGGCAACGACCAGCCUAGCGUCCGCCAGCUGGCUCUCACGCUCUGGGCCCAGCUCGACACCAAGGAUGAAGAUGGAAACAAGGUCAAAGAGAAAAAAGUCAUCACACCUGAAAUGGCGCUCAAUAUCCUCCGCCGCAUCUCCGAGAGGGACAUGAUCGACAUCGGCGUCAACAUCACACAGGCGCGCCCCGAGUGGAUGAUCAUCACAGUCUUGCCUGUGCCACCGCCACCGGUGCGGCCUAGCAUCUCCAUGGACGGAACCGGCACAGGUCUGCGAAACGAGGAUGAUUUGACGUACAAGCUUGGCGACAUCAUUCGCGCCAACGGCAAUGUCAAGCAAGCCAUGACAGAGGGUUCUCCUCAGCACAUCAUUACGGAUUUCGAAAACCUUCUUCAGUACCACGUAGCCACAUACAUGGACAACGACAUCGCUGGUCAGCCCCAGGCCCUCCAGAAGAGCGGUCGCCCCGUAAAGGCGAUCCGCGCCCGUCUAAAGGGAAAGGAGGGACGACUUCGUGGCAAUCUUAUGGGAAAGCGCGUCGACUUCUCUGCGCGUACUGUUAUUACUGGUGACGCGAAUAUUUCGCUGGAUGAAGUUGGCGUGCCUCGCAGCAUUGCCCGAACCCUGACAUACCCCGAGACCGUGACGCCGUACAAUAUUAGCAAGCUUACGCAGCUCGUCCAAAACGGCCCCAACGAGCACCCGGGCGCCAAAUAUGUCAUUCGAGCUGACGGCACUCGUAUCGAUCUUCGCCACCACCGACGUGCUGGUGCAAUCCAGCUUGAAUACGGCUGGAAGGUAGAGCGCCACCUGGUCGACGGCGAUUAUAUUAUCUUCAAUCGUCAACCGUCGCUCCAUAAAGAGUCCAUGAUGGGUCAUCGUGUCAAGGUCAUGCCAUAUUCGACGUUCAGGCUCAAUCUUUCCGUCACGGCUCCGUACAACGCUGAUUUCGACGGUGACGAGAUGAAUCUUCACGUGCCGCAGACGGAGGAGACCCGUGCCGAGGUCAGAGAGCUCUGCAUGGUGCCGUUGAACAUUGUCUCGCCGCAGCGAAACUCGCCGCUCAUGGGUAUUGUUCAGGAUACCCUGGCGGGUAUCUACAAGCUGUGCCGCCGUGACACCUUCGUCUCCAAGCGGGAGAUGAUGAACAUCAUGCUCUGGGUACCAGAAUGGGACGGCAUUAUCCCGACGCCUGCCAUUAUCAAGCCUAGCCCGCGCUGGACAGGCAAGCAAAUUGCAAGCAUGAUCAUUCCGAACAACAUCACCAUCUCGAAGAAAGUGGAGUGUCCUCUCGAGGAAGGCACGGAUGUUUUGAUUCAGCAGGGUCAAAUUAUAUACGGAUUGCCGGGGAAGAAGACGGUCGGUCCCGCUAGCGGCGGUAUCGUCCAUCUGUGCUUCAACGAGCUAGGUCCGAAGGGGGCCAUGGAUUUCCUCAAUGGUUGCCAGAGAGUCGUCAACUACUGGCUUCUUCAUAACGGCCAUAGCAUCGGCAUUGGCGACACCAUACCCGACGAAAAGACCAGCGGUCUUGUUCAGGACGCCAUCAUCUUUCAGAAGAACGAAGUCGAGAGCCUUACACGCAAAGCCACUAAUAAUGAGCUUGAAGCGCUUCCGGGCAUGAACAUUCGCGAGACGUUCGAGAACAAGGUCUCGGCCGCCCUCAACAAGGCGCGUGAUAACGCCGGUACCACGACUGAGGGGAGUCUGAAGGACAUCAACAAUGCCGUGACCAUGGCCCGUUCCGGCUCCAAGGGCUCCAGCAUCAACAUCUCCCAGAUGACAGCCUUGGUCGGGCAGCAGAUUGUCGAGGGCAAGCGUAUUCCGUUUGGCUUCAAAUACAGGACCCUUCCCCAUUUCACCAAGGAUGAUUAUUCGCCAGAAGCUCGAGGCUUCGUUGAGAACUCGUAUCUCCGUGGCUUGACGCCGAGCGAGUUCUUCUUCCACGCCAUGGCUGGUCGUGAAGGUCUGAUUGAUACCGCGGUCAAGACAGCCGAGACGGGUUAUAUCCAGCGCCGUCUAGUCAAGGCUCUCGAGGACGCAAAAGCCCAGUACGACGGAACCGUGCGGAACUCGCUUGGAGACAUCAUUGAGUUCAUCUACGGUGAGGAUGGCUUGGACGGUGUCGCCAUCGAGCAACAGAAGGUCGACUUCAUCAACAUUUCACACCAGGAUUUCGAGAACCUAUAUCGCCUGGAUGUGAUGGACGAGGCCCGAUCGGCAUCUGCUCUCGAAGUUUUGGAGUACGGAAGGGAAAUCUCGAACGACCCUGGGGUCCAGGAGUUGCUGGACAAGGAGUGGGAGCAGUUGUCCGCCGACCGGACUCUUAUCCGUGAGAUCAACUGGGCGCGCGUUGGAGAAGACAUGAUGCAACUUCCGCUCAACGUAAUAAGAAUCGUUCGCAGCGCGAGGGAGCUAUUCAAGUUCGACGAAGGCACACGCAGCGACCUGAAACCCCAAGACGUCAUCCCCAAAGUUCAGUUAUUGCUUGAUAGAAUCAGCGUCAUUCGCGGGGAUGACCACUUAACACAGGAGGCCGACUACAAUGCCACCAUUCUGAUCAAGGCGCAACUGCGGUCUCGGUUGGCCUACAAGCGUAUUGCUGUCAUCGAGAAGCUGAACAAGCUUGCCUUUGACCACAUUGUCGGGGAGAUCGAGAGUCGCUGGGCCAGAGCAAUGGUCAACGCCGGAGAGAUGGUUGGCGUGCUGGCCGCCCAGUCCAUCGGAGAGCCGGCAACGCAAAUGACGUUGAACACGUUCCAUUUUGCCGGUGUCUCCUCCAAGAACGUCACCCUCGGCGUUCCUCGUCUCAAGGAAAUUCUCAACGUUGCUCACGACAUCAAGACUCCGGGGAUGCACGUCUACCUAGACUCGGAGAACGCGACGCAGGAGGAGGCCAAGAGGCUUCGCAGUAUGGUUGAGCACACCUCCCUCCGCUCCGUCACGGCGGUUACUGAAAUAUACUACGACCCGGAUAUCACGACGACGACGAUUACCGAGGAUUUUGACAUGGUCGAGUCGUAUUUCUUGAUUCCCGACUCGUCUGACCAAGAUUCUGUCGAGAAUCAGUCCCGCUGGCUUCUGAGAAUCACACUCGACCGGCGAAAGAUGCUUGAUAAGGGUCUGCGUGUCGAGGAUGUUGCGUACCGUAUCAAGGAUGUGUACAAGAAAGACGUCGCAGUCAUUUUCAGUGACAAUAACGCCGAAGAGAUGGUCAUCCGCGUUCGAGUCAUUCGCCAGGACGAUGACAAGGAUGAGGAUGGCAAUAAGAUCAUUGAGGAUGACGUCAUGCUGAAGCGACUCGAGAAUCAUCUUCUGGACGGCUGCAUCCUCCGCGGCAUCAAAGGCAUCGAGCGUGCAUUCUUGAGCAAGGAAACCAAGCUCGUUGAGCUCCCUGAUGGUUCCCUUGUAAAGGAGAAGGAAAAUCCAGCAUGCGAAGAGUGGUUCCUUGACACGCAGGGCUCGGCGCUGGCUCAAGUCCUGGCCAUGGAAGGCGUCGAUACCAAGCGCACAUAUACCAACGACUUGUGGCAGAGUGUCGAUGUUCUUGGCAUCGAGGGUGCUCGGACUGCCCUGUUGAACGAGCUGACUGCCGUUCUGUCAUUUGACGGCUCGUAUGUCAACCACCGCCACACAGCACUCUUGGUCGACGUCAUGACCUACAGGGGCAGUAUCGCUGCCGUGACUCGUCACGGAAUCAACCGCUCUGAUACCGGCGCACUGAUGCGUUGUUCCUUCGAGGAGACGGUCGAGAUUCUCCUCGAGGCUGCUGCCGUGGGCGAGAUGGACGACUGCCGCGGUAUCUCUGAGAACGUCAUGCUCGGCCAGAUGGCUCCCAUGGGUACGGGCCAUUUCGAUGUACUUGCCGACCCUAAGAUGCUCGAGACGGUCAUUUCGGAUAACUCACGUAUGGGUCUGAUGCCCGGCAUGAACGUCAAGGGAACGCAACUGGAGGGCUCAGCAACGCCUUACGACACGGGCUCGCCCAUGGCUGAGAGCGGCUACUUGGGCGGCAGCUACUCGCCGAACGCGAUGGGCAACUUCUCGCCCAUCCAAGGCGCAGGAUCCGACAGCCCGAGCGGCUUCAACACCGAGUACGGUGGUGGCUUUGGGCCCGGCUCGGUGUCAAGUUACGCGGCGACCAGCCCACAUCCCACGAGUCCCUUUUCUACAUCGCCGACGUCUCCAUUCAGCAGUUACACUGGUAGUUACUCGCCGUCUUCGCCGGCUAUGCGCUACUCGCCCACGUCCCCUCUUGUGGAUUCGACUGGCCGAUAUGCCUCGAGCCCGCAGUUCACCCCAACCUCACCAUCAUUCUCCCCAAGCUCGCCCAACAUUCGCCCCACAAGCCCUACGAGCCCCAACUACAGCCCAACUUCGCCGAGCUAUUCCCCAGUCUCGCCCAGAGCGUAUUCUCCGACUUCGCCGGCGCAAUUCGCUUCGCCGACGUCGCCUUCGUACUCUCCAACGAGCCCGAACAGCUACAGCCCGGCGUCGCCCAACUUCCUUGGUGCCACGUCUCCUUCGUACUCUCCCGCGUCGCCAACUUGGUCGCCGACAUCGCCUGACGCGUAUUCACCGACGAGCCCAUCGCUGCAUCGCUCGCCUGGACAGCAUCAGUCCCCGACUAGCCCGGCUGGCUACUCGCCCACUUCUCCUUCGUUCUCCCCGUUGAGAACACCGGCGCGUGGCAGCGGGGGAGAUUAA